AUGAGCGUCCGCUGCAGCACCCUUAGCCCCCAUAAGCCCACUCUCACAGAAGAGAACCUACCAGAUCAGGCGGGAAAGGUCUUCCUCAUUACCGGUGCCUCUGGCGGCAUAGGCAAAGAGCUGGUCAACAUUCUCUACCAGAGAAAUGCCAAGAUAUGGCUGGCUGCUCGCAGCUAUUCCAAAACACAGGCUGUCAUCGAAGAGAUAAAGACUGCGCACCCAAGUUCCACUGGAGAGAUGGUCUUCUUGAAGCUCCAGCUCGACGAUUUAUCUACCAUCAAGGCAUCAGCACAGGAGUUUCUUUCUCGAGAGACUCGGCUUGAUGUGCUUUGGAAUAACGCCGGUGUCAUGGUUCCACCUCAAGGGUCUACGACUGUGCAAGGAUAUGAACUGCAGCUCGGCAUCAACAACCUAGGUCACCAACUCUUCACGCAGCUAUUAACUCCUCUCUUGGAGAUGACGUCGCAGGUUGCGCCCCGUGACUCGGUUAGAGUCAUAUGGGUAUCUUCAAGUGCAGCUGAUGGUGCGCCGCGUCCAGCCAUUGACUUUUCCAACAUGGACUACCACAACGAGGAGGGUAUCUGGUCUAAAUACUCCAGAAGCAAGGCUGGAAACGUAAUCCAGGCGUCUGAGUAUGCUCGUAGAAUGGGGGGAAGCGGUGUUAUCAGCUUGUCGCUCAACCCCGGCAACUUUGUUACCAACCUGCAGCAAAAUAUGCCCAAGAUGCAGUUGGCCAUGUUUGUAAGUCGUGAGCGUUACGUUCAGCAACCCGAUGGGGAGCUAAUAUCACUUAAGAAACUCAUAUCACAUCCACCCAAGAAUGGUGCGUACACACAGCUUUUUGCUGGGUUGGAUCGGUCUGUCACUUCGGAGGACAACGGUAGCUGGGUGUCACCAUUCGGGAAGAAGGAAGAGCCCCGAAAAGACCUCAUUGACCCUGAUUUGGGCGGCAAGUAUUGGGAAUGGUGCGCAGCCCAAGUCAAGCCAUUUUCAUGA